CCCGCGCGGAGAGGGGCCGGUCCCCGACGGCUGCGGGAAGGUGCCAGCCCGCCCCGGAUGGGCAUCUUGGCGCGGAGCUGCGGAGACAUGCUGACGGGCACCGAGCCGAUGCCGGCGAGCGACGAGGGCCGGGCGCCUGGCGUCGACCCGCAGAACCGCUACUUCUACCCGGAGCCCGGCGCCCAGGACGCGGCCGACCGUCGCGGGGGCGCCAGCCUGGGGGCGCCCUACGCCGGGGGCGCCCUGGUGCCCACUCCCCCGGGCCGCUUCCUCGGAGCCUACGCCUACCCGCCCCGGCCCCAGGCCGCCGGCUUCCCCGGGGUGGGCGAGCCCUUCCCACCGACGGCGAGCGCCGAGGGCUACCAGCCUGGGGACGGCUACGCGGCCCCGGACCCGCGCUCGGGACUCUACCCCGGGCCGCGGGACGACUACGGGCUGCCGGCGGGGCUGGAGGUGUCCGGGAAGCUGAGAGUCGCGCUCAACAACCACCUGUUGUGGUCCAAGUUUAAUCAGCACCAGACGGAGAUGAUCAUCACCAAGCAGGGACGGCGGAUGUUCCCAUUCUUGUCGUUUACUGUGGCGGGGCUGGAGCCCACCAGCCAUUACCGGAUGUUCGUGGACGUGGUCUUGGUGGACCAGCACCACUGGCGGUAUCAGAGCGGCAAAUGGGUGCAGUGUGGAAAGGCUGAGGGCAGCAUGCCAGGAAACCGCCUGUACGUCCACCCAGAUUCCCCCAAUACUGGAGCCCACUGGAUGCGCCAGGAAGUUUCAUUUGGGAAACUAAAGCUCACGAACAACAAAGGGGCCUCUAACAAUGUGACCCAGAUGAUCGUGCUCCAGUCUCUCCAUAAGUACCAGCCUCGGCUGCACAUCGUCGAGGUGAACGAUGGGGAGCCAGAGGUGGCCGGCAACACUUCCAACACGCAUAUCUUCACCUUCCAAGAGACCCAGUUCAUUGCCGUGACCGCCUACCAGAAUGCGGAGAUUACUCAGCUGAAAAUUGACAAUAACCCUUUUGCCAAAGGAUUCCGGGAGAACUUUGAGUCCAUGUAUGCAUCUGUUGACACCAGCGUGCCCUCCCCGCCUGGACCCAACUGUCAAUUGCUUGGGGGAGACCACUACUCUCCUCUCCUACCCAACCAGUAUCCCGUUCCCAGCCGCUUCUACCCCGAUCUUCCUGGGCAGGCCAAGGAUGUGGCUUCCCAGCCUUAUUGGUUGGGGGCCCCCCGGGACCACAGCUAUGAGGCUGAGUUUCGAGCAGUCAGCAUGAAGCCUGCGUUCCUGCCCUCCACCCCCGGACCCACCAUGUCCUACUACCGAGGCCAGGACGUCCUGGCGCCUGGAGCAGGCUGGCCAAUGGCCCCCCAGUACCCUCCCAAGAUGGGCCCAGGCAGCUGGUUCCGCCCCAUGCGGACUCUGCCCAUGGAACCUGGUCCUGGAGCUUCAGAGGGACGGGGACCAGAGGACCAGGGCUCCCCUUCGGUGUGGACUGAGAUCACCCCCAUCCGGCCAGAGUCCAGUGACUCAGGACUGGGUGAAGGAGACUCUAAGAGGAGGCGUGUGUCCCCCUAUCCUUCCAGUGGCGACAGUUCCUCCCCUGCUGGGGCCCCUUCUCCUUUUGAUAAGGAAACUGAAGGCCAGUUUUAUAGCUAUUUUCCCAAUUGAGCAGUUGACAUGACAGAAACAGUGUCAUCAGGUUGGAGAACACCAAGUAACGCAGACAGCCGACUCAGGACUGGGAGGCCCCGGCUCCCUCCGUCCCUUCUCCUUUUGUAGUUGGUUGAGGAAGAGGGGGGUCAAGAAGGCUUCUGGGGUUCACUUGGUGCUUUGGGCCCACAAGGAAACCUGAGAGGCGUGUCCCCUGCCCCUUCCUUUGCCCCAACUAUGGCCAUUUACCUGGUGCUGCUUCUGGCUGUGGCUCCCAGCUGGAGAACAGAUGGAACAAGAAGGUCUUGGACACAAAGGAGCUUCCUCUCUUCUGUGGGGUGGGGUAGGGGUCAGGUGGGGCAGGCUGGGCACGGCAGACCCGGCUGUCUUCCUUUGUAGAAUGUGCUUUCGGCAGUUCUGUUUGCGUGUGUGAAAAUAAAGAUACCAUGGAUUUGAUGACAGCCAGCCAGCCAGCCGGGGUCGGCGAGAGGACUUGGAUGACUUUGGGGCCCCACCCGCUCGGAGACAGUGGGGUCCCGAGGAAGGGGCUGGGAAAGGGGGGGUCGGUGCACACCUCAAGAAGCAACGUUUUGGGGUGGGGGUUGGUUGUGUGUGUGAGUGCGCGCUUUUCCCUUUUUUCUUUUUUUUGGAAUGGGGAGGCUAUUUAUUGUUCAGAGAGUGGUGUCUGGAUAUAUCUCUUUUGUCGUCAUCGCUUUCUGAAAAUAAACGUGAAACUGUA